AUGACCGAAGAACAGAAGACCCCCGUUGUCAACGCCGAGGCUGAGAAGGAUGUUCAGAAUGUUCUCGCCGAGCUGAAGGAGGAAGGCACCUCCGAGAAGCCUGCUCAGGAUGCCGAUGAGGCCCGUAUUGUCGCCGAAGCCGCUAAGCUCGGAGAGAAGUCUGAGAAGGCCGAGGAGAAGUCCACAGAGCCCCAGACUGAGAAGCGCGAGACCCGCAGCUUCCAGCGCGAUGGCCGCGGUGGCCGUGGCCCUCGCCAGAACAACGCCAAGUUUGAUCCCUCCACCCUAGAGGUAACCGACGACCCUGUGCAGAUCCGCAAGCAGGUCGAAUUCUACUUUUCCGAUUCUAACCUCCCAAUGGACAAGUUCCUGCUCUCCAAGGUUGGCGGCAGCGCCAACAACGCCGUCCCCCUUGAACUCCUUCACUCUUUCAAGCGCAUGCGCCGCUUCCAACCUUUCAAGGCAAUUGUCGAGGCCCUCAAGACCGCCGAGAACGUCGAACUCACCGAGAACGACACUGCCGUCAAGCGCAAGGUCCCUCUGCCCGAGUCCGUAAACGAGCACGACGCCAAGGCCGUUAAGGUCUUCGAGGAUGCCUCCAUGGCCCGCUCCAUCUACGCCAAGGGCUUCGGCUUUGGCGAGGAAGAACCCACUACACAGCUCGACAUCGAGGCUCUUUUCGCUCCCUACGGUCCUACAAACGCCAUCCGUCUGCGCCGCACUAACGACAAGACCUUCAAGGGCAGCAUCUUUGUUGAGUUUGAGUCCGAGGAGAAGCAAAAGGCAUUCCUCGCUCUGGAGAAGAAGCCUCAGUGGAAGGAGAAUGACCUGAUCUUCAAGAGCAAGAAGGAGUACUGCGACGAGAAGGUCGAGGAGAUCAAGAAUGGCAACGUCUACCCCUCCAACGCUCGCAACAGCGGCGGCCGUGGUGGUAGCCGUGGUGGACGUGGUGGCCGUGGUGGUCGCGGCGGUCGUGGUCGUGGUGGUAGCCGUGGCCGUGGCGGCCGUGACCGCAAUGACCGUGAUGGUGGUCGUGACUGGCGCGAACGCCGCACUGAGGACCAACAGAAUGGCUUCCAGGCUCCCCGUGAGGCCCAGAAGGACUCCCGUGGUGUCCCGGUCGUGCAGAGCACCCAGAAGCGCUCCCGUGAGGACGAGGGCACCAGCGGUGACCACCCUGCCAAGAAGGUGGAUGCCAAGGAAUAA